AGGAAGUACAGAAGUUUGAGAACGUAUAUGCUUUUUUUUCAGAAGUCUGACAGACACACAGACAGCAGAGUCAUCACGCACUGUGCUGUAUUAAAGGUUUUCGGUUAUAAUAUCAGAUCACCUGUUUCAAGUGUAUUUUAAUGUACCGCGGCUGACAGAAGAUAAAGGGCUGAUUUGGAAUGGGAUGGAUCUGCCAGAAGAGAUCCUUGCACAUAUUUUUUCUUUCCUGCCUUUACAGGACAAAUGCAAUGCAUUUACUGUUUGUAAGGCUUGGUCUAAUAUCGUGACACAUCCAAGCUCAUGGAAAGACACUGAAGUCAGGUGUGAGUCAGGAACCAGUGUCCCCGACAGAUAUUCUGCUCUUCUGCCACUGGUCAGAAAUUUGAAACUGAGAAUGUGUCUGACCGAUCCAGCCAAUCGCAAAACAGCACUGCGGGUGCUGCGGCAGGCAGUUGCCAGGGGUGAUGGGCGGCUGGAAGGACUUUCCAUCUGUUGUGUGGGGAACACGCCUCUCUUUUAUGCUGGUCAGGACCUGCAGCAAGGCUUAGUGGACAUACUGACGAACGGGUCGUCCCUAACCGUGCUUGACCUAAGGGGUGUACCCUUCACCCUCAGCGACUCCUUCGUCAGGAGCAUAGCCAUGCUUUGCCCUGCUCUGCUAAGUCUUUACAUCAACAAUCACUCUCUGGUGUGUGGUGUCAACGCUGAAACUCUAAGGCAAACGUUGAAAUGCUGCCAGUCGCUCAGCGUUCUUGGAGUUUUCCAGGCCAGUCUCUCACAAGACGUCUUUAAAGAUUUCAUGUUGCCAGAGCGACCAGCACUAAAGAAACUAGAGCUCCGUUGUGAACGCUCGCUCAAAUACACCGUGCCUCUCUGUGACCAGGUAUGGCUAGAGUUAAAACUGAGACACCCGCGUCUCUGGGUGGAACUUGAGCUGGACCACACCCUGCCCGAAUUGCACGUUCCAGGGGUACUGCAGCCCAGCAUCCCUGUCCAAUGUCUUCGGCUGCUCACUUGGACUUUGCUGUUGGAUGAGGUUCGGAUAGUCAGGCAGAGUUACGCAAACACACUAGAGGUUCUGGAGCUGCAGACAAUCCCAUCCCUUGAACUUAACUCUGAGCUGAUAGCCUUAGCAAAGCAGUGUGUCAAGCUCCAAGAGGUUCACUGUUAUUGUGUGGUCUCGCAGGAAGUAAUAACAGCGUUCAUCACAAACUGUCCAAAUCUCUGCAGAUUUACACUCAAAACACAUAAAGAGGCUCACCCAUGGACCUCUACUAAACUAUAGUGCUCUUGCACAAUUUUUCAGUCUAAUCAAAUAACUACAUUUGUGAGACUGAUUAUGUGAAAUCCUUUUACAGACGGUUGGAUGUUCUUGUUUCCAUUUAAGCUCAAGAUGCUCUUUGGAUCAUUCUCAGAUCAUGCUGGAGAAUGUGAUUCAUGUACAUUUUUCAAUUAAAACUUCACUUAAAAUCACUCAAAUAUCAAAUAUUAUUCUGUCAUCAUUUA